CCACUCCGAUUACUGCAAAAUUGGUGACGAAAAGUACGUAACAAGUAAGUACUCCACUGACGAAACAAAACAAACAAGUUGAUAACAGAGAAUACGCUUAUCUUCGGAGGGGAUCAUUAUUUUCAAAACGAUCAAAUCAAAUUUUUUGAAUGUGAUUUAUAUCACAAAAAGAACUUUGUGAGAGCAACAACAGCUGACUCAGAAGAUUAACCGGAAGAAGCAGAUUGUUGAUGUACCUUGUCCCACUCUGGAAAUCGGACUUUUCAACAAGUAAAAAUAGAACAGGAGAAUGCAGAGAGAAUAUGGAGUCAGUAAGAGAUGACAGAGGUACAUCCAUCUCAUGGAGACCUGGAUACAUCCCAAGGUUUAUCUGUUGUACAGAUGUCCAUGAAUACACCUAUCCAAGUACAGUCUGUUAUACACCCAAAUCAACCCUCAGUCAUUCAAACAGCUGGACCUAAUGUACAGACUAUACAGGUCGUAAGGGUAGCUCCAGUAGAUGAUGAAUUGACAGAAGACCCAGAAGGAAAGAAAAGACGAGAAAUUUUGUCAAGGAGACCAUCAUAUAGGAAAAUUUUAAAUGAAUUAUCAUCACCAGUGCAACCUAAGAUUGAAGAAGAAUCAAACAGUAGCCUAAGUCAGGAUGGAGAUAGUCAAGACGGAGCUACAAAUCUUACUACAAAUAGUCACUUGUAUCAGCAAGUUACUGCAGGAGGGAUUCAGAUAACCUCAAAUCCUGACGGACAGACAUCAGUAUCCCCAGGGUUACAAACAUUUACCAUGUCUAAUGCUAGUCCUACAACAUCAUCAACAACACAGGGUGCUACCAUUGUACAGUAUGCACAAGGGCCUGAUGGACAAUUUUAUAUUCCAGGUACUGUACAAGCUUACCAGAUAGCCUCUGGUGGUCUACCUCAAGGUGUUGUUAUGGCAACAACGGGAAGUCCUCUAACAGGAUCAUCAUCAUUAUCUGAGGAGGCCUCUAGGAAAAGGGAAUUAAGACUAUUAAAAAACAGGGAAGCAGCAAGAGAAUGUCGACUUAAGAAAAAGGAAUAUGUCAAGUGUUUAGAAAACAGAGUGGCAGUGUUAGAAAAUCAAAAUAAAACAUUAAUUGAAGAAUUGAAGGCACUGAAAGAACUAUACUGUGAAAAAGAAGGCUGAAGUGAUCAAUCAAUUCAAUUGUCAGAGUUGUCAGCACUCUUCAAAAGGCAUUAAAGCUUGGAGGGUUAAUAUGGACUUAUCAUGUUUGGUGCGAAACUUGUGUGAUUCAAGUCACAUGAUACAGUUGUUGCUUGGACUCAGUAUAUCAGCAGUAACUUUGACAUAUGCUGAACUUUUAUUGUCAUCAGUUUUAUGUAGUAUUGCAACAUUGUUAUACAUUUAAAGACCGAAAUAAGAUGUACUAGAUAGAAAGUUAUCACUGGAAACUGACUGACUUUAUUAUAGAUUGUUCAGAGCUCAUUUAUUGAAAUGCAGGUACUUGGUUAUGUUGGUGGCAAUUAUUUUGUGCUUACUACCUAAUUUAUGUACAUACACUUUUCCAUUGAUACUUAAGUACUUAAUUUUAGGCUUGGUUAUAGUCUUAGCUCAGGCAGCUAUUUGUCAACUAUUCAUGAAAUAUCUGUUCAAUUAUAGACAAUGAUAGAGAUUUUAAACAAUCUGUAAUAAAGGUUAACACUGGG